CAUGACCGCAUUUGUUGUGUCGGUACCGCAGCAAUGUCAUUGUCUUUAUUUAUCAAUAUUAUCGUCCUUAUGACUCAUAUGUACUGACCGGGCACUUUCGAUUCUGGAGCCCGAACAUUUAUUCAAUGCUCUCGGAUUGAAACAGACGAUAUUAGUGGCCUGUACAGGUGAGACAGACGGAGUUAAAGGUUGUGGAGUUGUGUAUGCUGAAAAUGGCCGUUUGGCAACAGUUUGGAUUGCUACUCUGGAAAAACUAUGUUCAGCAAAAGCGUCAGAUCUUGGUAACUCUGGUGGAGAUCGCUCUACCUUUGCUCUUCUCAGCCGUCCUGAUCGUUCUGCGACAGAAGGUGUCAUCCACAAUCAACCCGAAUAUAACGCACUACCACAGUUUCUCUGUGAACGAGCUGCCGGACAAGCUUUGCCCCCAUGCCCUGGAUCUGCAGCUGGCCUAUGUGCCUGGCAACGCCAGCGUGGUCCAGAAAAUCGCAGAGGAUGUUCAGCAGAGCCUGAGGUCAUGCAUCAAGUCCGUCCGUGGCUUUGAAACAGAGGAGCAGUUUGAGAAGUUUGUGAAAACAGACCCUGAAUCAGGGAAGAUCUUGGCGGCUGUUGUCUUCGAGCAUUCUUUCAAACAUGAUGAUGAUCAUCUUCCUCUGCAGGUCGGCUAUCAUCUGCGCUUCACGUACAGCCCCCGAAAUGCACCAGAGAGUGAAAAAUCGGAGUUAAACCCAAACAAUGAUCUAAACUGGCACACCCUCAGCCUGUUCCCCCUCUUCCAGCUUCCCGGACCACGAGAACAGCACAAGGCACUCGGCGGCACGCCAGGAUAUUUCCGCGAGGGUUUCCUGCAGGUGCAGCAUGCAGUGGACAGAGGCAUCAUGAAGGCGUACAACAGCACGGCAGCGUCGGCCCUCUUCAAACAAACCCAAGUGCUUCUGUCCCGUUUCCCAUACCCAGCGUUCAUCUAUGAUGUCUUCAUCCUGGCCAUCCAAAACCAGCUGCCCCUGCUGCUCGUGCUCAGCUUCACCUACAUGUCUCUGAACAUCAUCCGUGCUGUGGUACAGGAGAAGGAGAGGAAACUAAAGGAGUACAUGCGGAUGAUGGGUCUUAGUAACUGGCUACACUGGAGCGCCUGGUUCCUCAUGUUUUUCCUCUUCCUCUUCAUCUCCAUCUUCUUUGUCACUCUCCUCUUCUGCAUCAAGAUGAGUCCCAAUGGAGCGGUUUUGACGUACAGUGACCCCACACUGGUGUUUGUCUUCCUGCUGGUGUUUGCUGUGUCCACCAUCAACUUCAGCUUCAUGAUCAGCGUGUUCUUCUCCAGAGCGAAUGUGGCGGCGGCAGCAGGCGGCUUCAUCUACUUCAUCAGUUACCUACCAUAUAUGUUCCUGUCGCCUCGCUACGACCUGCUGUCACAUGCACAGAAAGUGUCCGCCUGCCUCAUAUCAAACGUGGCCAUGGCUAUGGGAGCACAGCUCAUUGGCAUGUUCGAGGGCAAAGGUACUGGGAUCCAGUGGCAUAAUAUGUUUGAGUCCGUAACCGUGGACGAUGACUUCUCCAUGGCUCAGGUGCUUGGUCUCCUGCUGUUGGAUGCCUUACUGUACGGCCUUGUUGCCUGGUACGUGGAGGCUGUGUUUCCUGGAGAGUAUGGAGUCCCUCUUCCAUGGUACUUCUUCAUUCUGCCUUCAUACUGGUGCAGCAGUCCUCGUGUGGCCCUGCUGAAGGAGAAGGAGGAAGAGGAGGAUGCUGAGAAGGUGCUAAAGGGCAAGUUCAUUGAAGAAGAGCCAGCUGGACUGGUUUCAGGGGUGAAGAUCAAACACCUGGCAAAGGUGUUCAGAGUGGGGAAUAAGACCAAGGAGGCAGUGAGGGAUUUAACACUCAACAUGUUUGAAAACCAGAUCACCAUCUUACUGGGUCACAACGGUGCAGGCAAGACCACCACCCUAUCUAUGCUGACAGGCCUGUUCCCACCCAGCAGUGGUCGUGCGUACAUUAAUGGUUAUGACAUUGUUCAGGACAUGGCUCUCAUCCGCCGCAGUCUGGGUCUGUGUCCACAGCAUGAUGUGCUCUUUGAUAAUCUCACUGUUCAAGAGCACUUGCUCUUCUACACACAGCUGAAGGGUUACCCACGUGAAAAGAUCCCAGACGAGGUGGACCGCAUCAUUCGGAUUCUUAACCUGGAAGACAAGCGGAACGCACGAUCCAAGACCCUCUCUGGCGGGAUGAAGAGGAAGCUUUCCAUCGGCAUCGCCCUCAUCGGAGACUCAAAGGUCGUGAUGUUGGACGAGCCCACCUCAGGUAUGGAUCCCUCAGCUCGUCGAGCCACCUGGGAUCUGCUGCAGGGUGAGAAACGCGGUCGUACCAUCUUGCUCACCACACACUUCAUGGACGAAGCCGACCUGCUAGGUGACCGCAUCGCUAUCAUGGCCAGUGGAGAGCUGCAGUGCUGCGGCUCGCCACUCUUCCUCAAAAACAAAUACGGUGCUGGUUACCACAUGGUGAUCGUAAAAGACUCUUUUUGUAACGUGUCAGAGAUCACUCGUCUAGUCCACAUGUAUGUGCCCAAUGCCACUUUAGAGAGCAGCGCAGGCGCUGAACUCUCCUACAUACUGCCUAAAGAGAGCACCAGCCAGUUUGAGCUGUUGUUUGCUGAGCUGGAGAUGAACCGAGAGGAGUUGGGCAUCGCCAGCUAUGGAGCAUCUGUCACAACCAUGGAGGAAGUUUUCCUCAGGGUCGGAAAGCUUGUGGACUCCAGUCUGGAUAUUCAGGCCAUCCAGCUUCCAGCUCUACAGUACCAGCAUGAGCGCAGGUCACAUGACUGGACGAUGGAUGACUCCAGCAGUGUAAGCGGUAUGACCGACAUCACGGAUUUCACUGACAGUGGCACCCUGAUUUCAGAGGACGGCUCCAACAUCAAACUCAACACGGGGGCCAGACUCUACAUGCAGCAGUUCUAUGCCAUGUUGCUCAAGAGGGCACUCUACAGUUGCCGCAAUUGGAAAGUCAUGGUGGCUCAGUUUCUGGUACCACUCAUUUUUACCGUGGUGGCCCUUGUGGUGGCCCGCACCAUCCCUGGAGGCCACAAUACUCCCCAACUCCGCCUGGCACUUAAACAAUACGGCUCUACACGUGUACCAGUCGCCCUAGAUGCCAACGCUGGGCCAUUAGCUAAAGCUCUAGCUGAACUCUACACCUCACAACUGCCAGCCCAGAAUGCCAAAGCUGCCACUAAUAUAUCAGAUUUGUCGGAGUAUAUACUGUACAAUGCCGAGAGGGAGGGUGGAGCUUUCAACGAGCAGUGCGUGGUGGGUGCAGCCUUCAAAGGCAAAACCAAGAAAGAGACGGAGUUCAUUGGCUACUUCAACAACCAGGGCUAUCACACCCCGGCUACGGCCCUUAUGCUGGUCGACAACGCUCUUUACAUGUUACUGGCAGGACCCAACGCCUCCAUCCAGACUGGAAAUUACCCGAUGCCCCGCAACAUGUCUGAGACUGCUCAGAGCCAGCUUUCUGAGAGUAAGACUGGCUUUGCCAUUGCUAUAAACCUCAUGUAUGGCAUGGCGUCAUUGGCCAGCACCUUUGCUCUUCUCCUCGUCUCAGAACGCUCAGUGAAGUCCAAACACGUGCAGCGGGUCAGCGGGGUCUACCUCUCUAACUUCUGGUUCUCUGCUCUGCUGUGGGACCUUGUCAACUUCCUGUUGCCCUGCCUGCUCAUGCUGGUGGUGUUUCGGGCAUUUUCCUUGAGUGCGUUUGUUGCAGAAAACCACUUGGUGGACGUGUUAUUACUGUUGCUGCUGUAUGGCUGGGCUGUGAUUCCACUCAUGUACCUGCUCAGCUUCCUGUUCAACACGGCCGCCACCGCUUACACACGCCUCACCAUCUUCAACAUCAUCAGCGGUACCGCUACCUUCCUCACCGUCACUAUCAUGGCCAUACCAGAGCUGAAUCUGCAAGAUCUCUCUCACCUGCUGGACAAAGUCUUCCUGCUCUUCCCCAAUUACUGUUUGGGCAUGUCCUUCAGCCAGUUCUACCAGAACUAUGAGGUCAUCACCUUCUGCACCUCCAGCCCCAUUGCAGAGAUAAUCUGCAAGUUUUACAACCUCACGUAUCAAGUGAACUACUUUUCUAUAGAGGAGCCCGGAGUGGGGCGCUUCCUGGUGGCCAUGUUCCUGCAGGGUGUGGUCUUCAUCGCCCUGCUCUUCCUCAUCGAGCUCCAAUGCAUCCACAUGCUCCUAAACCUCUGCAGGAGAUGCAGGAAGACUCAGCCGUUGGAGGAAGAAGCUCUGCAGCCCGAAGACAGAGAUGUUGCAGAGGAGAGGAAAAGAGUUUUGGAUUGUCAGCCAGUGAUUGAGUCUAUGGUGGGCAGCCCACUCAUCCUACAUGAGCUCAGCAAGGUAUACUCAAGCGGACAGUCGCUGUUAGCAGUGGAUCGCUUGUCCCUGGCGGUCGGGAAGGGCGAAUGCUUUGGUUUGCUUGGAUUUAAUGGGGCAGGGAAAACCACAACAUUCAAAAUGUUGACUGGAGAUGAAAGCAUAACUUCAGGGGAUGCCUUCAUUGACGGCUACAGCAUUGUCCGAGACGUUAAAAAGGUGCAGCAGAGAAUCGGCUACUGUCCUCAGUUUGAUGCAGUUUUGGAUCACAUGACAGGGCGGGAAACACUAAGUAUGUACGCCAGACUGAGGGGAAUCCCUGAAAAAUAUGUCUCAGCCUGUGUAGAAAACAUCCUGCGCUCGCUGUUGCUUGAGCCUUACGCUGACAAACUUGUCCACAGCUACAGUGGCGGCAAUAAGAGGAAGUUGAGUGCAGGCAUGGCUUUGAUUGGCGGGCCGCCAGUGAUUUUCCUGGACGAGCCGUCCACUGGCAUGGACCCUGUGGCCAGACGGCUUCUAUGGGACGCAAUUACACGCACCAGAGAGUCUGGCAAAGCCAUCAUUAUAACCUCACACAGUAUGGAGGAGUGUGAGGCAUUGUGCACACGGCUGGCUGUGAUGGUGAACGGUCAGUUCAAAUGUCUGGGCAGCCCACAGCACCUGAAGAGCAAAUUUGGGAGUGGCUACACGCUGCUGGCUAAAGUCCACAUGGAGACAGAUUUAGAGGAAACGGACCUUCAGCUCUUUAAAGACUUCAUUGAAACCACUUUUCCAGGAAGUUUACUGAAGGAUGAACAUCAGGGAAUGGUGCACUACCACCUGACUGACAAAACCCUUACCUGGGCACAGGUGUUUGGGGUUUUAGAAACAGCCAAAGAGAAGUACUGCAUCGAGGACUACUGCGUGAGUCAGAUCUCUCUGGAGCAGGUAUUUCUCAGCUUCGCUCAGUUUCAGCACUGUUCCGAGAAUCACAGGAAAUGAUAUGCUCCAGUGCGAAAAGGGGGGUGCGCUCCUCGAAUUCAUCUCCACCUGUUGAAUGGGAAGUACAGCCUGGGCUAGCUGACCCUCUGUGGAGUCACACCACAGGACAUUGCUCAGGUGUCUAUCUUCACAUACACAUUUGUUACAUGAUCACACACAUAAACAUACUCCCAGACUCAACCACUCUGUCACAUGGAAGCAGGACCACUCAUGUACGAUCUUGGCCAGUUGGUUAUCUGUAUACGGUGUUUAUUUAAAGUAUGUAUGCUUUUAAAUAGGAAGUCCAUCACACCUACUGAAACCGUCCUCAAUGGUGCAUCUUGGAUUAUUGUGUCCUGACUUUUUAAUUGGUGGGUAUGUGCACCACUCGGCCUGCAAUGAAAGGACAUUUUUUCAUGAUUUACAAGUGUGACAGGCAAGAUGUUGUUUGUGUGCACUUAUGUAUGAUUGUUUUAUUAUUUAUGAAUGUCUUUUGUUCAUUUGUUUUUCUCCACUUGUUUUCAAGUGUGGUCUUAAUGCAGGAGGUGCGUGUGCUUCGCCCCUUUCUGAAAAAAUAUGCGAAAAGGGUGGAAAUAUAUCUAAAUAUGGGACAUCCAGAACAAGAAUACAGAAUAAUUCUAAAUAAUACUGCACCUUUGGGCUUUGCGUUGUUAUAGGAUAUAAAAUCUACAGAGCAAGUUACUAAGUAUAAAUUCUUAAUUUUAUAGAAUAACUUUAAUUGAAGAAUGUAUGUACAAAAACUUUGUUCCACCUUAUUUAGUCACUUAAAGUCUGCAUUACAGUUGUUUACCAGGUAUCAAUUUCUCCUAGAGAAAAUCAUUGUCAAAAUAGGUUCUUCUUAAAAUUUGUAUGGCAAAAUAAAUUAAGUUACUGCUAAAUCAUUCCUCCAUUUUUCAAUCAAAACGUUUGUGUUUUAAAAAAGACACUUUUAAUCUCAAAGUGUCCAAUUAAGACGAUUAUUUUUAUUGUAUGAUUGCUGACUCAUCCUCUAUUUCAGGAUUGCUGUAAAACGUCAAAUAAUAAUUUUUUUUCUAAGAAGUGUGAAAUGGGCUCUCCGUAGAUGACCACUAUAGUGCUUUGUGUAAUUCCAUAGAUGACCACUAGAGGGCAUACAAUGCCUUAAUUUUAUAUUCACAUCAAACUCAAAUGUAUCUGUUGAUGCACUAAAUGCCUACUUUACCCUAACUUGGAGCAAGCCCAGCAAUAUUUACACGUCUUGUUAAUAAAUGCUUUUGUUUUUGUUACUGUUGACGCCAGCACACUAUUCGAUCUUUAUUCUGCUGUGUUUGUGUUUGAAUCUGAUAUUGAUUUGCACUAUAAAUGUGGACCAAUUCACACUUUUAGAAGGAUCCAUAGAAAAGAGCUAACAGACCAUAAGGCGCGAAGUAUCACAAAGCAAGAGGGUUUAAUUUGAGAUUAGUUUCUAACUAUGGGCUUCAUUCAUGAAACACAAAUGCAGUGAAUUUGUGGAAUUGUUCACAAAAUGAUUCUUAUGGAAAUUGUCGCAUUGAAUUGAACUCAGCGGUGGACCCAAUUCAUAAAAUGUGAGCAGAACAAACCUCUGAGUAAAUCGUUCGCAAAAUGUUUUCAUAAAUUGUUUAAGUAACGUUUAAUCCAGUUAAAUUCAAUACAACAAUUAACAAAAAAGCAAAUGGGAUUUUUGAAACUUUUAUACAUACAUGUAUUCUACUUGUGUUUCAUGAUUGAGGCCCAAUUUAUUUAAGAAUGCUUUUACAAAUGAUUUGCACAGAAAUGUGUUCUUGUGUUUGGUGAAUGGGGUCAAAUGACAUUACCUAAGGCUGAACUUCUGCUUUAAGGGCCUUGUCUUACGAAAAAGCCUUUUCUAAAGUUGUGUCACCCUCCGGUCCAUUCCUUGAUUAAGAAAGAAGCAGCGCUAAGCUAAUUUCUCAAAUGUAUUGCACUCCUAUUUAGGAGUCAAUAUUGAGUCAGAUUGGAAAACGUCAAGAGUCUUCGACAUCAUUAUAUAUCUGUGCAGCAACCUUCUGAAAAUCUUCUUUGAUGGAAAGUGGAGCUGAGACAAAACUGACAUCACUGUAGCUUGCCUAGGUCCACUUUCCAUCCAGACUCAUGUUAAUUGAAUGUACUUUCAUAGCCGAGGGGAAAAACAUGGGUUUAUUUGCCACCUUAACCCUCUCCAAACUGACGUACUGUAGAUAAAAUAGGGCUUAACGGUGACUUGACCACAGAUUGUCUUUUUCUAUGUUUUUGUCGUUAAUUCGUAAGUUUGCACAGUGCUAUGGCUGUCAUGUCUGAACUGCUUGUUAUGAAAUUGACAUAUUGCAUUUUAAGGUCAGACAAGCAAAGUUGAAAAUGUUCAUGAUUAUAAUGUUGAUUUAAAUGGUAAAAUGUACCAUAAUGCAACAAGGGAAUUGUAAUCUUGUGUACUGUAUGUCUAAAUUAACUGUGUACAAUGUAUGUAUUGCCAUACCACCCCCACACCCUUUUUUUUUAAUUAAAAAUGCCUUAUGCAAAGGAAUUUAUUAAGUAGUUUUUUGUAUAUGCUGUUCUGUGUUCACUACCUUGGUGAUAAAGAUACUGUCCAUUUAAUGGUUAGCUAUAUAAAUCCAUGGGUUUAAAGUGCUGUACGUAAGUAUUAUUUUGGGGAAUUUGCACUUCAUUAAGUGCUAUUAAAACUGAAUACUUCUCAGAUAGCACAUGCUUAUCUCUGAGACAUUUUAAUUAACAUCUGCUAAACAUCUUAAAAAGAUCAGAUAUACAAACAUUCUAAAUCGUAAACGUCUCAAAGACAUCUGCUGAAUGUUUUGUUGACAUCCGAGAGGAAACGUCUUAUAGACAUACUGCAGAUGAGCAAAAAAUGUUAAAAAAUACAAAAAUGUAUGUUUUUAGUUAGAAGUUCUUAAACGUUUAAUUGAGUUCAAUCUUGACACUGCACCCAAACUGAAGUACAAUUUCUCUGUAGGUUUUACACCUGUUUAAAUUUCAGUAAAGUUUUUACUUGAAACUCUAAAUUCUACUAUUUAAACUAUUCACCUCAAAUCUAUUAACGCAAGUGCAUAAGAAGCACCAAAACACAUUUUACAGCCUCAGUAUACCAGUCAACCCUUCACACAGUGAAUCAUAAAAGCUAAUCAUCCACCCAUGUUAAAGGAGGCCAUCUGUUUAACUUUAAACGAGUUCAAGACAAUAUAUAGCAACUGAUUGUAGACAAACAAUGGAAGAUAUUUUAUUUACACCUACAGUAUAUAGGAUACAGGAUAUUGGAAAGACCAAUAAUUAUGUAUUACAUCAUAAAACCGUGAAGCAUGGGGGUGGCAGCAUCAUGUUGUGGGGGUGCUUUGCUGCAGGAGGGACUGGUGCACUUCACAAAAAUAGAUGGCAUCAUGAGGAAGGAAAAUGAUGUGGAUAUAUUGAAGCAACAUCUCAAGACAUCAGUCAGGAAGUUAAAGCUCGGUCACAAAUGGGUCUCCCAAAUGGACAAUGACCCCAAGCAUACCACCAAAGUUGUGGCAAAAUGGCUUAAGGACAACAAAGUCAAGGUAUUGGAGUGGCCAUCACAAAGCCCUGACCUCAAUCUGAAAAAGCGUGUGCGAGCAAGGAGGCCUACAAACCUGACUCAGUUACACCAGUUCUGUCUGGAGGAAUGGGACAAAAUUCCAGCAACUUAUUGUGAGAAGCUUGUGGAAGGCUACCCAAAAUAUUUGACCCAAGUUAAACAAUUUAAAGGCAAUGCUACCAAAUACUAACAAAGUGUAUGUAAACUUCUGACCCACUGGGAAUGUGAUGAAAGAAAUAAAAGCUGAAAUAAAUCAUUCUCUCUGCUAUUAUUCUAACAUUUCACAUUCUUAAAAUAAAG